AUGGGCAACGAUAAGAAAUUCGAAUACGAAUCACUUCCCAUUCCAACUUACGAAGAAGCUAUUUCCUCCCGUCCAAGCUCCUCUCGAUCUCAUCUAGGCCCCGAUGAAGCCAGCGACGAUGCGGAACGACAGGGCUUGCUACAUAAUGCCGACAAUACCAGUGGUCCCGGCGGCCCACGAUCUCGGCCUCAUGGAUACCAACCGCCAACGGUCGAGUCCGUCCGUAACAGCCUGGACGAUCUUGCGUCCUCGGGAACCGAUUCCGCUCGGGGGUCGCUCGAGGACUUGCAGCGGGAACUCGCUCAGAUGGAUGUGGAGGAAGCAGGGGUGCAAUCGUCAUCUCGACGGUCCCGACUGGGGCAGCAUUUCUCGAAACGAUUCAACAGCCUGAGUCGGACCCUUUCUGCUAUACAAUUCCCUUUUCGCCGCUUCCUACCAAACUUCCGAUUCACAAUUAACCUCGAUGGAGCCCGUCAACGCUUCCAAGACCAUAGCUGCAUUAUCCUGCUACGGGUGUUUGGACUACUAUUGGUAGUCACUCUUGUAUACGUGUUCUUCUUUUCGAACCUCUUCAAUCUGAAUUCUCGAUUCAUGAUGGGUCAGUCGUAUAGCGCUGCGUCGGUGCAGAAUUUCCUUCAGGGCCACAUCAAUGAGACAAACAUCGCGGAUAAUUUGAGAAAGGUGACAAAGUUUCCUCAUAUGGCUGGUACCGAGGGCAGCUUUGCGCUGGCAGAAUGGAUUGAACAGGAAUUCAAAAAUGCAGCGCUCGAUGAAAUCGAAAUGGAGGAAUUUCAAGUGUACCUCAACUAUCCCAACGAAGGCGGAAGGAGGGUGGCGAUCGUUGAUCCGCCCGGCAUGGCCUGGGAGGCUGCGCUCGAAGAGAAGAACGAACAGACUAUGGUUUUCCAUGGACAUUCAAAAUCGGGAAAUGUGACCGGCCAUUUGGUCUAUGUAAACUACGGUUCCCGAGAAGAUUUUCAGCUCCUAGCGGACCACGGAAUUGACAUGCAAGGCGCUAUCGCACUUGUCCGAUACUAUGGGUCCGAGACAGAUCGUGCCCUGAAGGUCAAGCUUGCGGAGAUGGCUGGCGCUGUCGGAUGUAUCAUCUACUCCGACCCGCAUGAAGAUGGGUUUCGGCGGGGUCCCGCUUUUCCAGACGGACGCUUUAUGCCGGAUGAUGGCGUCCAAAGGGGCGCAGUAAGCCUGAUGUCAUGGGUUGUUGGGGAUGUACUUUCCCCGGGGUUUGCGUCUACCCCUGAGGAGAAGAAACGACUUUCGGUCGAAGAAAGCCCGGGAUUGCCGGGUAUACCAAGUAUGCCGAUCGCCUGGCGCGAUGCUCAGAGACUCUUGCAGGUUCUCAAGGGUCAUGGUACAGAGGUACCCAAGGAGUGGGUUGGAGGUGUUCCCGACGUGAAGGAAUGGUGGACGGGAGACGGAGGUUCCCCAAAAGUGAACCUGAUGAAUAUUCUGGACGAAGUGGAACGACAGCCUAUAUACAAUGUCAUUGGGCGCAUCAUUGGAUUGGAACAGCCUGAAAAGAAGAUUAUCGUGGGCAACCACCGCGACUCAUGGUGUCUUGGCAGUGCGGACCCAGGCAGUGGCACUGCGGUCUUCUUAGAGCUUGUUCGCGUCUUUGGUGAACUUCGGACGUUCGGAUGGCGACCGCUGAGGACCAUUGAGUUCGUCAGCUGGGACGCAGAAGAAUACAAUAUGAUCGGUUCAACGGAGCAUGUGGAAAAAGCGAUUGAAGCACUGCGAGAGAAUGCAUUUGCUUACCUGAACGUUGACGUUGGGGUGACUGGCAAUAACUUUGAUGCCUCCGGAUCUCCGUUAUUUCAGCGGAUUGUGAUGCAGAUCCUCGGCCGCAUUGCGGAUCCCAUUACGAACGAGACACUCAAGGACAUCUGGGAGAAAGCGCAGAAGAAGUUCGGCCCUCUUGGUUCUGGGAGUGAUUAUGUAGCGUUCCAGGAUAUUGCUGGCACCUCAAGUGUGGACUUUGGAUUCACUGGCGAGCGUUUCCCCUAUCACAGCUGUUACGAGAACUAUGACUGGAUGACCAAGUUCGGAGAUCCUGGGUUCCAAUACCACAAGGCUCUAGGCCAAUUCUGGGCUUUGCUCCUGAUUGACCUUGCGGAUAACCCUAUCUUACAGUUCGAUUUGCAAGUGUACGCCGACCAUGUGCAUACCUAUGUUACCGAUCUGGUAGCCUACGCCAAGUCAAAGAACGUCCCGGUUGCCCCCCAGCUUUUAGAGGACCGCGCCGUCGGAGAACCGUCCGUCAGCUUCCAACCCCUCUUUGACGCCGCGUCCAAGUUCAAAAGCGACGCAGGAGAAUUUGACCAAUGGGCCCAGUUAUGGCACGACACUGUCUGGGGCGCCGGCGGGUUCGAAAACAACGUAAUGGCCAUCCAGCGACUGAAGCAUAACUCUCGCUUGGCCAGUUUUGACACCCAACUUCUGGAUCUAGAUCAUGACGGCGGAAUCCCCAACCGCACGCAGUUCAAACAUGUCAUCUUCGGCCCCCAGCUGUGGUCCGGCUACGACGCCGCCGUCUUUCCCGCCAUCCGCGAUAGCAUCGACUCGGGCAACUGGACUCUAACCCAGGAAUGGAUUGACCGAGUCGCCAAGAUCAUUCAGCGCGCAAGCAACAGUCUCGUGCACCAUUAG